UUUCAAUUACAUGCAUCAUGGAGCGAAAGUUUUUCUUGUUGUAUUAUGGCCAAAGAAGGAAAAAAAUAUCUGUGACUGAUGGAAUAAAUUUUAAUGUCAUUCACGAAAGUGUGAAAAAUAAGUUUAAUUUAAAUGAUGUACAUCUUCAAGUAUUCGACAGCGAUGUUGGAGAUUACAUUGAUUUAGAUUCUGAUGCAGACUUAAAUUUUGAAGCAGAACAAUUCAUAGAAGUAAGAAUAAUAAAUGCAUCUAAGGGAGUUUUAAGUCCUGAUUCACAAAUAGUGCCAGGAGCAGCAACUUUUAAUCUAUCACCAUUGAUAAAUAAAUCAACAAAACCUUUAAGUGGCAGCAUUUCAGGCCCAUUCCUGAAUGAUAUAAGUACCUGUUCUUCGUCACCUACAUCAAGCAAAAUAAACAGCCCAUCUAGUCUAGAGAACAGGGGUAGUGAUGUGCCCAACACAAGAAAAGAGCGAUCCAUACAAGAUAGCCAUAGAAGAUUAAUCACAACACUAACAGAACAUAUAGACGAUACAAUAGAUGAACAUGAAUUCAAAUCAUUUAGGAGUUUAUUCAAUCUGACUCCUAAAGAUAACAAAGCUGCAAAUGACAUGUCAUCUCUGUUGUCCAUAUUGGAACGGAAAGAUAUGAUAGCACCAGGAAAAUAUGAGAAACUGAAAGAGGCAUUAUCAGGAAUCAAUGUUAAAAUAAUUAGAGACGUUAUAGAACCAAUUGAAGACAAAAUAAGAUUGGAAUCCGAUAUCUCUACCUUUCAGGAACAAGCAGAAAUUGUACCAUACUCUUUUCAUGAUAUUUGA